AUGUUCCCGCUGCCGAUGUUCACGCCGGACCAGGUCGCUCGGGUGUGCGAGAACUUGGAGGAGACCGGGGACAUCGAGCGCCUCGGACGGUUCCUCUGGUCUCUGCCGGCCGCCGUCCCCGGCUCCGCGGGGGAAGCCCUGAACCGACACGAGUCCGUGAUGCGAGCGAGAGCCCUGGUCGCCUUCCACGGUGGGAACUUUGAGGCUCUUUACCAAAUCCUCCAGAGCCACCGGUUUACUCGCGAGUCUCACGCCAAACUUCAGGACCUGUGGCUGGACGCGCACUACCGGGAGGCGGAGAGGCUCCGGGGCCGACCGCUCGGACCGGUGGAGAAGUACCGGAUCCGCAAGAAGUUCCCCCUGCCCCGCACCAUUUGGGACGGGGAGCAGAAGACCCACUGUUUUAAGGAGAGGACUCGCAGUUUGCUGAGAGAGUGGUACCUCCAAGAUCCCUACCCCAACCCGUCCAGGAAACGCCACUUGGCCCAGGCCACGGGACUCACACCUACACAAGUGGGCAACUGGUUCAAGAACCGCCGCCAAAGAGACCGCGCCGCAUCUGCAAAAAACAGACUGCAGCAGGAUUCCUCCCUCCUGCCCUCUGGGAGCUCCCCCGAAAGCUCCCAUCAGGAGCGUCGCCACCACCCCCACUUACUGCCUAACUCACCUCGCCACUUGGGCAGCCCAGAGGCCAGCGACUGUAGCACAGGGACCGAGCAUCGGGGAACGGGCGCCUCCACCCCGGAUAUCUCCGUCAGCAGCGACAGCGAGUUUGAAUCUUGA